GGAAGCGGCGCGCGCGGGGCGGCGGCGGGACAUGGAGCGUGAGGGGGAGAUGCGGGACACGGAGCGUGACAUGCCGGACAUGGAGCCUCAGGGGGAGAUGCCCGAGCUGUCCGACGGCGAGGGCGCCUGGGACGACGAGGAAGAGGAGGAGGAGGAAGGUGCCGCCGUGGCCCAGCAGACCCGCUGCCUCUUCUGCGACAGGUUGUUUAGUUCUGCUGAAGCCGUGUUCUCCCACUGCAAAACAGAGCAUCAGUUUGAUGUUCGUGAUGUGAUCCAGAAACAUGGACUUGAUUUUUAUGGAUACAUUAAACUAAUAAACUUUGUCAGAUUAAAGAAACCAACUGGAGCCUAUUUGAGUUCUCUCAGCAGCCCACUACCUUGGGAAGAAGAGGAAUAUCUGAAACCAGAACUGGAAGAUGAUCUCCUGCUUCAGUUUGACAUAGAAGAUCUUUGUGAGCCUGUAAAAGUUUUGCCUUCUAAUGGUUUAAGCGAUACCAUGGUGCUCCUUGAACAAUUAAAACAUGCGGAACAGAGAGCCAGAGCUGCAGAAGCAGCCUUGGCUAGAGCACAAGAUGAUCUUCAGAAAAUGAAACAAUUUGCUCAGGAUUUUGUGAUGAGCACAGAUGUCAAGAGCAGCUCGUCAUCCAGCGCCAUUGCAGACCUUCAGGAGGAUGAGGAUGGCGUUUACUUCAGCUCCUAUGGGCAUUAUGGGAUACACGAGGAGAUGCUAAAGGAUAAAGUCCGUACAGAGAGCUAUCGUGACUUCAUCUAUCAAAACCCACAUAUCUUCAAGGACAAGGUGGUUUUGGAUGUUGGCUGUGGAACUGGAAUACUCUCCAUGUUUGCUGCCAAAGCGGGUGCCAAGAAAGUGAUUGGAGUUGACCAAUCUGAAAUCAUCUAUCAGGCCAUGGACAUCAUUAGACUAAAUAAACUUGAAAAGAUUAUUACAUUAGUCAAAGGAAGAAUUGAGGAAGUUGAUCUGCCUUUGGAAAAAGUGGACAUAAUUAUAUCUGAGUGGAUGGGUUAUUUCCUUCUCUUUGAGUCAAUGCUGGAUUCUGUCAUCUAUGCGAAGGACAAGUACCUGGCAGAGGGAGGCUCAGUUUAUCCUGACUUGUGCACCAUCAGUCUGGUAGCUGUUGGGGAUAUGAACAAGCAUGUGGACAAGCUGCUUUUCUGGGAAGAUGUGUAUGGCUUUGACAUGUCUUGUAUGAAGAAAGCUGUCAUUCCAGAGGCUGUUGUGGAGGUGCUGGAUCCAAACACACUGAUAUCCACAGCCAGUGUCAUUAAGCAUAUCGACUGCAAUACUGCAUCCACUCCAGACUUGGAAUUCUCUUCAGAUUUCACCCUGAGCAUUACAAUGAGCACACAGUGUACAGCAAUUGCUGGUUACUUUGACGUAUUUUUUGAGAAGAACUGCCACAACAAGGUCUUGUUUUCAACUGGUCCCCAGUGUACCAAAACACACUGGAAGCAGACAGUUUUUCUCCUGGAGAAGCCAAUUCCUGUAGAAGCAGGAGAGGCCCUGAGAGGAAAGAUCACAGUCCGCAAAAACAGAAAGGAUCCGCGGUCCCUCUUCAUCACCCUCUCGGUGAAGGACACCCAGCAGACAUACAGCCUUCAGUGAAACUCUGUCCAUGGCUGGGAGGGGCUUCAUCCAAAUGCUGCAUUUGACUGCUGAUAGCUGUUCUGGAAUAUCCAAAAAUAGCAAACUCUUGGGUUUAUGUGUGUGUGCGCACACAAGAAUAUGGAAAAGUGUCCUAGAGCUGAGAUUUACAACAAAAUCAGAUCCUGCUGCUUCACGUGGUGUGAGGAAAGCAAGAAAGAUUGGUUUGGGUUACCUGAGACUUGCUAGGUGAGAAAAAAUGAGCCUGAAAUCUUCCUGUAAGGAACAAUAAAUAUGAUCUCUCAAUAAUGUUUUAUUUUUCCACUGGCAGAAUCCUUGUAUAGUAUUUUUUUGUGAAAGAAGCAGCUUAGUCAUGUGUCAGUGCACCUCAACAGUAGCUGGAAAAUCCCAAUGGGAAUAAUUUUUGAAUUCCAGCUGCAAGAUUGUGGCAACAAAGACAGUAUUUUUACUACACUUCUGCAGUUUAAAAGUUGUACACAUUUCAGUUACAUUUGUCUAAAUAAAUGACCCCAGUGUGAUAUAUAA